GUGGUCUUUUAAAAUUAUUUGAUGAUUUGGUAAAGUAAUUGGUAUUGGGUCUGCGAUCGACACAAUAAGAGAAGGAAGUUGGUUAUAUACUUAUCUUCAUCUUCUCCAUUCGACAUGAUCUUCUUCAUUUGAUUUUCAGAUGUCAAUCCUCCAUUUCAUCUAUUUCUCCUGCAUUUUGGGAUUUAGUUGAGAUUUCAUCCAAGAUCUAAGCAAGUGGAAAAGGAUGAAGGCAUAUUUGAUGUUUUUUCUUGUCAAAUUUGUUGGGUGUCGAGUUGUUGAAGAGUUUUCUAAAGAAAUUAAUGGUUGAUAUUAAUGAGGGAAAGGCAUCGUCCAUAUGGAGUCAGUGCUCUCCUAGUAGAGUUAUGUCUGUGAUGAGUGAGUUUAAUAGCGAGCAAAAAGCUGCAAUUAAAGAGAUUGGGUUUGGUAGCUUACUGGGUUUAAGAAAAUGUAGUUUGAAGAGGAAACUUAUUCAAUGGUUGGUUGAUAAAGUCAAUGUAUGUGAUGGUGUUUUAAAAUUGAAUGGAAUGGUUAUUGAAUUGAACAACCAUUUAUUUUCUUAUAUUGUUGGUAUUUAUGAUGGUGGAGAACACCUGCUAGAUUCGAAAUGUGGUAAUUGUAUUGGUGAUAGGAUAUUGAUAAGCUCUUUGGAGGAAAAGUUAAAAUGUAAUGGGAAGUGUGAUAUGGAAUUUGUGCAUCAAUUUUUGCUUUUUUUAGUGUGUUCUUAAUGCCAAAUACAACAAUUUAUGUUGGGAGAGAGUAUGAGCUCCCAAUAAUGGAUCUUCGUGACUUUGCAAGUGUUAGAAGAAUUAAUUGGGCUUCAAUGUCAUUUAAGUUUCUAAUGAUGGGUUUGAGUGCCUUAAAGAGAAGGAGAUCUCAAUUUGUUUGUGGGUGCUUGUAUUUUUUGCAGGUUUUUUUUCUUCAUCAUGUGCAGUCCAAUGUGUCAUUUGUAGACAGAAGUGUAUGUCCUAUAUCCUGGUGGUCAGAGUCUGAAACUAGUGACAUGAUAGAUUAGAUUGAAAAGAAUGGGGGAUUAUGAUGUACGAAGUUAUCCAUUGGAAAGGUGGUGGGUGGAUUUGAUAUGAAUGAUGUUGUUGGCAGCAUAUGUGAACUUUAUUGUAGAUUAGAAAAUUUAGAGAAAGAGAUGGUAGAAGUUAAGGGUGUUAAUGGGAUGUUGAAGGUGCUUGAAUUAGGUAGCAUUGUGGGAGAGGAUAGACAUGGUGAAUUGAAUUAUGAUGGUAGUUAUUUGAAAAAGUUUAGUGGAGAAGUAGAAUUUUGGAAGUCGUCUUUUGAUGGAAUUAUUGAAACAAAGUUUGAUCCUAUGAUUAUGGAGUUCAAGAUUGGAGUAGUUGAUAAUAAAUACAAACGAGGAAGACCGGGGGUGGAUAAGGUACAAACUGACAAAUUAAGUAAAGUACAGACCAUCAAUGGUAGCAGAGAUGGUGAACAAAGGUUAUGGAAGAGAAGUUUUGGUAAUAUGAUUGAACUCUAUAAUAGUACCUCGGGUUUGAAGGUUGGGACAUUCAGUUUAACUAAUCGGUUGAGUGAAGAAGAUUUUAGUUCCGCCUUAUACGUGUUUGAUCCUGAGGCAGCUGUCCCGGUAAUUUACUUGGUGAAUAAUCACUGGAUAUUAGUUGUAAUUGAUUUGAAGAAAAAUUUUGCGACUAUAUGGGACUCGUUUGAAGUUCUUUCAUUACAUAUGCAGAAGCAUGAAUUAUUGAUUGCUGUGAGGAGAGACUAUGACUGUGGUGUUUGCAUUAUAAAGUACAUGAAAUGUAUUGCUAAAGGAAAUAGUCUGUGUGGGGAGGUUGAUCCACAUGGGGAACGACUUGCGAUUGCAUUAGAGUUGUUGGUUGGACAUAAUAAUCUCCGAAGAUGUACUGUGAUUGAAAAUGCAAAACGUCACUAUGAGAAUGUAUUAAGAAAAUAAUCUUCUAGUGUGCAUGAAAUGGAGUGGUGUCGAUCUCCGGAAAAAUUGUUAGGUUCUUUAAAAUUUUCAAGUAAAAAAAGGCGACAGAAAUAUUGGCUCAGGGUAAAUAAGUAUAAGAAACAAAGAAGAAUUAUUAGGAAAAUUUUUCAGUCUUCAGACAUAUAGAUAAUGUUUGAGGUAGUGUUUUAGUGUUGAAUUUUACUUAAGUUUUAUUUUUUAUUUUGUAAUCAUCUAUGUUAACAACAAAGAUAGGGAGAAGUUGCGAGGGUACAUUUGAAUCAGCUUGUUUGGGUUCUAAAUUUUGCAAACAUGUCUAGGAAUGCAGCAUAAUUCUUGAUU